GAGGUCAACAUACGAAUCUGGACGGACGACGGAAACACGUCCAGGUGCAUGCCCUCGAACCUGGCCCUCUUUCCUCAAACGAAGCAAAUCCCACCUAUUUUCCCUUCCCCCCACCUCCCCUUCCCACGCAUCUUCCUUCAUCUAUUCGUAUCUAACACGAUUUCCUUGUCCAAUUCCAAAUCAAGGGUUUCAGACGCAUCAUCCAUGGAACCUCCGCCCACAACCUCCCCAUUCCCAACACCAUCACUCCACUGCUCCAUACCACACCAUUAUUAUUCCCACUCUCUCUGUUGCUCCCAUCCUUGUCCUCACUCCUGAUCAUCAACCUCACUUCGAAAUCCCCACAAAUGAACCACCCAGGGUACGUCACUCAUUCGUCGAUUCAGCUGCAGUUGAUGGAGAGCCACAAGGCCGGGAACGAUGUCGAGGAGAGAGAAAGCAAUGAGGAGGAGGAGGAGGAGGAGGAGGGGGGGAGAGAAGUCAAGUUCCGAAUCCUGGGCCACUCGAUGUGCCUGAAGCGGAAGCGAGAACCGCAAACCCUGGAGUCGAGGCGGAACGCGGUUCGCUCUUGGGGAAACCAGCCGCUGAGGACAGCGGACCCCGAUAUCUUCUCAAUCAUGGAGAACGAGAAGAUUAGGCAGUUCAAGGGGAUCGAACUAAUUGCUUCGGAGAAUUUCGUUUCUCGAGCGGUGUUAGAAGCCCUAGGGAGCCACUUGACGAACAAGUACUCGGAAGGGAUGCCAGGGGCGAGGUACUACGGUGGGAAUCAGUACAUUGAUGAGAUGGAAACCCUAUGUUGCAAUCGCGCUUUGGCCGCAUUUGGAUUAGAUUCGGAUAAUUGGGGGGUGAAUGUUCAGCCCUAUUCGUGUACGACGGCGAAUUUUGCUGUUUUCACGGGUUUGCUGUUGCCUGGGGAGAGGAUUAUGGGGUUGGAUACACCUUGUGGGGGGAACACUAGUCAUGGUUAUUAUACGCCAAAUGGGAGGAAGGUUUCGGGGGCUUCGAUUUUCUUUGAGAGUUUUCCUUAUAAGGUGAAUCCGCAAAGUGGGUACAUAGAUUAUGAUAAGCUUGAGGAGCGGGCGCUUGAUUUUAGGCCCAAGAUACUCAUUUGCGGCGGGAGUUCGUAUCCAAGGGAGUGGGAUUACGUGAGGUUGAGGCAGGUUGCUGAUAAGUGUGGAGCUGUGUUGAUGUGUGACAUGGCUCAAAUAAGUGGUCUUGUUGCGGCUAAGGAGUGUGUGAACCCCUUUUACUGCUGUGACAUAGUUACCUCAACGACUCACAAAAGUCUUCGAGGCCCCAGGGGAGGCAUUGUUUUCUACAGGAGGGGUUCAAAGCCAAAGAAGAUAGGGAUUCUUUUGAAUCAAGGUGAUGGCAGUGACAGAUAUGACUUCGAGGACAAGAUAAACUCUGCUAUUUUUCCAGCUCUGCAAGGCGGACCGCACAAUAAUCACAUUGCUGCCCUUGCCAUAGCCCUGAAACAAGUGGCUACUCCUGAAUACAAGGCAUACAUGCAACAAGUGAAGAAAAAUGCUCAGGCUCUAGCAUCCGCUUUAUUGAGGAGGCAUUUCAGAUUGGUAACUGGUGGCACCGACAAUCAUUUGGUACUUUGGGAUCUAAGGACUCUUGGACUAACAGGUAAGAAUUACGAGAAGGUCUGUGAGCUGUGUCACAUUACUCUCAACAAAAUUGCUAUAUUCGACGAUAGUGGCACUAUAACGCCUGGAGGUGUGAGGAUUGGUACUGCUGCGAUGACAUCUAGAGGUUGCGUAGAGGCCGAUUUUGAGUCAAUGGCUGAGUUCCUCAUUAGAGCUGCUCAGAUAACAAGCGCAGUGCAGAGAGAACACGGGAAGUUGGCUUUCCUUAGUGGCCUUCACAAUAACAAAGACAUUGUUGAACUACGUACACGAGUGGAGAAUUUCGCAACUCAGUUUGCAAUGCCAGGGUUUGACGAGUAGAAAUGCUUUCCAAAGGAUGCCUUCAGUGUGACCUCCGCGGCUCCGCUCCGCCACAUGGUAACAAGUGCUGAAUCACACACAGUCUUCUCUGUUUGCACAAGGUUUGGCAUCUCUAUAUUGUCUUGGAUAGGCUAACUAGUUGCUACAUCUAUUUACUUGUCCUCAAUUCUUUGGAAUGUACAAUGUAUAUUACGCCGUUCUGGUAGAAAUUUACAGUGAUAUGGAGCCUGUGGUAUAAUGUGAGUCAUGUGACAUGCUAUUUGUGGGAAUUAAAGUGAACAGCAAUUCUUUUAUAGUCCUCCAUAGUUGUUGGCGAGCUUAUUAAAUACAUGUGAAUUUCAUACAGGA